CGCAGAGUCAUCAUUAGAGGACUGAAUCCCUCGGUCAUCGUAUACGGUAUAGCCUCAGUGCGCCGUUUAUUAUCUCAUCUCCUUCUGUGGAUCUCGACAAGAACAAUUCCGAUUGGAUCCGGGUUUCUCCUCGAAGUAAAGCUCGCUCUUACUUCCUAACAUCCUUGCUAUCUGCGUUGUGGGGGAUGCGGGGAACGAGGACUUCUCCAUUGUUGUAGUUCCCCGAGCCACGAUUUCUGCCAACUUGAGCAUCUUGGAGCAGUUACUACUUGGUUAGAUAAUUCUUAAGUAACUGAGGUAUUAUGCUCUGAAUUCAGUUUGAUUCCCAGGCUCUUCUUCUCCCCAGGACUUUAGAAUCUGGAAUUGACAAAAUGCUGCUCAUCGGUAUCGUCAGCAGCCUCCUCUUCAGCGCGCAAGCGGCCCAAGUCACCAUGGCCCAAACCACAAAUGGCACCCUCCCCCUGCGCAUGAUAACCUUCAACAUCCGCUACGCAACUACCUCUCCCUCCAAAAACGAACAACUCUGGUCCACCCGCGCGCCCCUCGUCGUCAGCCGGCUAAUGGAGACAUCCGCCUCCGCCCCUGCCGGCGCUGAGACCGUCAUCGGCCUACAAGAAGUGCUCCACAAGCAACUCCUCGACAUUGAAUCGGGGGUAGGUCCUGAAUGGAUGCACAUCGGCGUGGGCCGCGACGACGGCGCCCAACGCGGCGAAUACAACCCGAUUCUAUACCGGCCCGCUGUCCUGAGCCUCUUGUACAACGAGACGCGGUGGCUGUCCCCAACGCCGGACGUGCCGUCGUUCGGAUGGGGCGCGGGGAGCCGGCGCAUGAUCAAUAUCGGUGUUUUCGAGCAUGUUGCCUCGGGGAGACGCUUUAUUGCUGCGAAUACGCAUUUGGACAAUGCGAGUUCGCAGGCGAGGACCGAGGGGAUUAAAAUCGUUAUCGCGACGAUUCAGGCGGUGCAGGAGACGUGGGGUCCUUUGGGGGUUGUGCUAACGGGGGAUUUCAAUUCCCAGCCUGGUGAGGAUGCGUACUCGACUGCGGUGAAUAGCAAGUAUUUGACCGAGCUUUAUACCAUGGCGGAUACGGGGCAGAGGUUUGGGCCAUAUAUCACCUACACGGGGUUUCUACCCGACCAGGAGGAGGAAGUCGGCACGCGCAUCGACUUUAUUUGGCUGGGUCCUGCGUUGGAGGACAGGUGGUUGGUUGAGAGCUAUAACGUAUUGCCGAAUGUUGUAAAUGAUGUGUACAUUAGCGACCAUAGGCCGGUGUUUGGAGACCUGAUGCUUAAGUAGGGCUUGACUCGUAAUUUCGUAAUCUCGUAUGUAAUUUCCAACGGCAAAUUUAAUGUGUCAGGAUAGUAUGUAUUCUUAACUUUUCUCGUUAGUGAAUGGAAUUUGUGUAAGC